GGAAGAUACAGUGGAGAGAUGUCAAAACACAUCCAAGCACUACAACAGGUGUGCCCAAGUGUAAAGAAAGGUAUUCCUUUAUGUCAUGUUUUGUCUUCAGAAAGUGCAACUUCAGUGGAUCGAAUGGAUCUCCACCGGGUAGCAACAGAUGUUGGAGAGUUCUGGCCUAACCUAACAAGUAUCAUAUUUGGUUCUGAACAGUCUAUGUUGUCAAAGCUACAGCAAAACAUUUCUGACUCCAGUUUUGUCCAGCCACCGGCAUUCCGCAUAUUAAGUGAGUGGUUAGAGUCAAGAGACAACCAAUUGAUGGUAUGUGAAUUGUAUGAUGCUCUACUUGUUGCUCGCAUUCCAUCUGAGCCUCAAAAGCAUUUGAGUCACUUGAUGUUACCUGAUGCAGCAACUGGAUUAGUACAAAACACCGAGGACAUGACUUUACAUGGUGACUCUGAGGUGACUCCAGUCAUCAUAGAAAUAGUAGCUGAAAAUGUCGGAGAUCAUUGGAGUGAAAUUGGUACUUACCUUGGAGUGACAAGGGGAGUAAUGAAAGAAUGUGACCAACCAAUUUACAAUUUGAAAGAAAAAUUACGUAAAGUUUUGUCAGCCUGGACAGAUCAAACUCAACAAGCUACAGUUCAGCAGUUGUUGGUCGCUUGUGAUAAAGCUGGAGUGGGAGGAAUAGUCAGGAGAAAGAUUGAAUCUCAACUUAUCACAAACUGAUGGGAACUUGAGUCAUACAGAGUACAUAACAGUUGUUGUUGUUUGCUCUGAAACGAAUAAGAAACUAUCUAUAAAAGAAACAAGACAACACACAACAAACCAACAGCCUUAUUGUCGUGUGCAGCUGCAAUAUAGAAGAAUAUCAUUCAGAAGAAAAUAUUAUCAGAAAUUUGAGAAAAUUUUAUUAUACAAAUACUGUGUGUAGAUUAGAAGAUAAAGUAAAGACAAAAGUUGCUUGUUUUGUAUUGAACUGCUGAUAGCUAUUUGAAAUUGAAUUUCGGCUUCACAGAUAAUGCAUCUUGAUC